AUGUCCGAAGUUUCAAAUAAGGACAAGCGGCAAGUAGAAGAAUUAACCAGUGAUUGUUCUUCGGAUGAGGAUCCCUUUGGCUCCUGUUUAACAGAAGAGCUUGAACAGUGUGCAUUUUUUACAGAUUCCUUUUGUGAUCACAUUUUACCACGGACCACACAGAUUUUGCUGGAAUAUGACUCAGGAAGAUGGGUACCACGGCUUCGCGAACCUCGAGAUCUAUAUGGGCUGUCUCCUGCAGGUCACCUGCACCUAGUACGCUGGCCCCAUCAAUAUGAAGUUAUCAGAAGGAAGAUAGAGCAUAUUGACUGGACUCCUCCUGAACCAGAACCAUUAUAUAACCCAACAGGUCUGGAAAUUGAGCCACUCUGCCUAGACCCUGGAGAGGGUGCUGUUGUCUAUCUAGCAGAUGAAGCUAACAAGGAUUCCAGCUUUAUGUAUUCUCGAAUAGGGGGGAGCUUCCCUUCCAAGGAGGUGCUCCCUAAUUCAUUGGAAGACUGGGAAAAUACUUUAAUUUUUGAAGCACGGUUUGAAAGUGGGAAUCUGCAAAAGGUGGUCAAAAUCAGUGAUUUUGAGUACCAGCUGACAUUACGCACUGAUCUGUACACAAAUAAGCACACUCAGUGGUACUACUUCCAGGUUACCAACACUCAAGCAGGAACACCCUAUCGUUUUACCAUUGUCAACUUCACCAAACCAACAAGUUUGUACAAUCGCGGUAUGCGCCCGUUGCUGUAUUCAGAGGCAGAAGCAAAGAUCCACAAAGUGGGGUGGCAAAGGACAGGCAAUGCAAUCAAGUAUUACAAAAACAAUCUUGGUCAGGAUGGGCGCCAGUAUUUUUCCCUCACGUGGACAUUCCAGUUCCCUCAUGACAGGGAUACCUGCUACUUUGCCCAUUGCUACCCUUAUACAUACAGCAACCUGCAAGACUACCUGUCAGCCAUCGCCAGAGACCCAAAGAGGUCCAAGUUCUGCAAGAUCCGCAUCUUGUGCCAGUCCCUAGCGAGAAACAUUGUCUAUGUUUUAACCAUCACCAAUCCUGGGCAAGAUUUCCAGGAGGAAAAACGCAAGGCAGCCGUGAUUGUGACCGCCCGAGUGCACCCAGGGGAAACAAACAGCUCCUGGAUGAUGAAAGGCUUUCUGGAUUAUAUUCUGGGAGAUUCAGACGAUGCCCAAGUGCUCCGGGACACCUUUGUUUUCAAAGUGGUGCCCAUGUUAAAUCCUGAUGGCGUCAUUGUGGGCAAUUACCGCUGCUCUUUAGCAGGUAGGGAUUUGAAUCGAUCCUACAGAUCCGACCUCAAGGAAUCUUUCCCUCCUGUUUGGUAUACCCGGACCAUGAUCAAAAGAUUAAUGGAAGAGCGCAGUGUUCUCCUGUAUUGUGACCUUCACGGUCAUAGCAGGAAAGAGAAUGUCUUCAUGUAUGGCUGUGAAAAAAGGGAGCAGCAAGAAGAAGGGACCAUCUUGCACCAGCGCAUUUUUCCUUUCCUUAUGAGCAAAAAUUGUCCAGAUAAAUUUUCAUUCCCAGAUUGCAGUUUCAAAACACAGAAAGGCAAAGAAGGGACAGGUCGAGUAGUGAUGUGGAAGAUGGGCAUCAGCAAUAGCUAUACCUUGGAAGUUACUUUCUGUGGCUCUACACUGGGCAACAGUGAUUCCCACUUCAAUACAAAGGAUUUGGAAUCCAUAGGAUACCAUUUCUGUGAUUCGCUGCUAGAUUUCUGUGAUGAAAAAAAGGAUAAGUAUAAUGAAUGUCUGAAAGAACUGGAAGAAAUGGUGAAACAAGAAGAUUCAGUUGCGCCUGUGAAUGAUACAUUCGACAGAGACUCCAGAAUACAACUUACAGGGCAAAAGAAGUGUCUGAAAACAAACAAGGACAGGAGUUCCUUUCUGGAACCAUCAGGAAAAAGACUUUCUAAACAAUCACAAGAAUUAAUGAGUGAAGCCAAAAAACCUGAAUACUCUUCUCAAAGAAUGUCGAAGAACCAAGAACAACUAAUUAAAAAUUCAAAAUACUUAGCAGGGUUUCAGGAAAUAUUUAAGGAAACUAAUUCCAUCGAAAACAAUUCUGGGCCAGAUGUACCAGCUAAAUACACAGUCCAGUAUCUCAGUCAUUAUUUUCCUGAGCAGGGAUUAAAUACCAUUAGUCUGAAGUUAAAGCCGAGAAAGUGUAGCACAAAGGAAGCAGAUACACUAAAGAAAGCGGACCAUCACUUUGAAACCAACAUUGGGAUUACAGCAAAAGAAGCUUCCAUUAAAGGUGCACCCAUAUGCUCUGGGGUGAACAUCUGUUCCCACUUAGUCUUCCUAAGCAAAGCUGCCCAAGAAUAG